AUGGGGGAGCUGGCACUCCCUUCACGUCUUGCCUGGUGUAUUAAGCAAAACACAAACUGUUACUCUUUCUAUUCUACUACGCUAUCUGCCAGCUCGGACCAACAAGCCUCUCAACCAGCCAUUCACUCGAAGGUUGGCAGUGUCAACCCUGCCACUGCCGAUGAGCUGUAUGAGGCUAUCCAACCUCUAAACCCACUACAGGCAACGGUCCCCAGCUUGUCGUUUGAAGUGAGCUGA